UGACGGGCCGGUCCCGCACCCGGAGAACCUUUGUUGGUGUCGUUGUUGGUGCUGUUGUUGCGCCGUUGCCCAGGCGCUUCCCAUCGGCCCUCGCGGCAUGGCGGCGGCCGCCCCGCGUCCUGACCCAAGAUGGCGGCCACGUGCGUGACGGAAGGGGCAGCGUCUCAGUCUGUGUCAUUAUUACCUGCAAGCGGCGCGGCUGACCCCACGCGCGAGGAAUGGUGGCGGUGAGGCGCAGAUAUUAAAAAAAAAUCACAUAUAGUUGCUUUCUCCUCCGCCCCAUCCUUUGCGAGGGCUGGUGACGUCACAGCCCCGCCCCCGGGAGCCCGGCACGAGGAAGUGCGGGGUCUGCUCGGGCCAUGCGGCCGCGGGGCUGAACGCGGGUGUGCGGGGAGAAUGGCGGAGAAAAGCGAGCGGUGCCACUCCGACCUCGUCGCGGCUCCUAUGCCGGCGGCCGAAGACGGGUCUGAAGCAGAGAGCAAGGCCGAUGGAGGCGGGGGAGACCCCGCGGAGAGUCCCGCGUCCUGCCCCGACGUGUACAGAUACAUUAAGGGAGACUUGUUUACCUCCGAGAUCUAUAAAGUAGAAAUACAAAACCUUCCUAAGUACAUCGGGUUUAACGAUGUGAAAAAGUUCCUUGCCAAAUACGGCCUGAGCCCGCACAAGAUCAAACUCUUUGGGAAGCAGACCUUCGCGUUCGUGACGUUUAAGAGCGAGGAGGAGAGGGACAAAGCCAUGAGAGUCCUCCAUGGGGUGCUGUGGAAGGGCCGGCACCUCAGCCUCAGGCUGGCCAAGCCCAAGGCUGACCCGAUCGCAAAAAAAAGGAAAAAAGAAGAGACGGAGCAGGGAGAGGCGAAACGCCCGGCUCCCUCCAACGGGAGCGGCGAGGAGGCUGCGAGCAAACAGAUCGCGGAUGUGGUGACCCCGCUGUGGAACGUCCCCUACGAGGAGCAGCUGGCCGAAAAGAAGCAGGAAUGCGAACAAGUGCUGCAGAAGCUGACAAAGGAAAUAGGAAAUAACAACAGAGCUUUAUUACCUUGGCUGUUCCUGCAGAAGCAGAAGUAUAAUAAAUUGUGUUGCCCAGUAGAGGGAGUGAAAGCAUCACCAUUACAGACUGAAUAUCGCAACAAAUGUGAGUUCUUGAUUGGGAUUGGUGUAAAUCAAGAGGACAAAACUGUGGGUUGUCGGCUUGGCAAAUAUAAGGGUGGUACAUGUGCUGUAGUGGAGCCAUUUGAUACUAUUCACAUUCCUGCUAUUGCCAAAAAAGUAGUAAAAGCUUUCCAAGACUACAUAAGGUCAACUCCUUACUCCGUUUACAGCCCAGAAACCUAUGAAGGGCACUGGAAACAGCUCACAGUCCGUACCAGCAGGAAUGGCCACAUUAUGGCAAUUGUUUAUUUUAACCCUCAGAAAUUAAGUAAAGAAGAGCUCACUGACUUGAAAAUCUCUCUGGCAAAAUACUUCACAGAAGGGAUGGGAAAGAGCAGUGGUGUUACUUCUCUGUACUUUGUGGAGGAAGGACAAAGGAAAUCUCCCAAUGUGGAAGACUUGCCUUUGGAGCAUGUGGCUGGUGAUAAGUACAUCUAUGAAGAACUUCUUGGCCUAAAAUUUAGAAUUUCUCCUCACGCAUUCUUUCAAGUAAACACACAAGCUGCAGAAGUUUUGUAUACUGCCAUUAGGGAGUGGGCACAGCUGAACCAAGAAAGCACUGUGCUUGACAUAUGCUGUGGGACAGGAACUAUUGGGAUUUCUUUGGCAAAGAAAGUAAAGAAAGUGAUUGGAAUUGAACUCUGCCAAGAAGCUGUGCAGGAUGCCAAAGUGAAUGCCCAGAUUAAUGAGCUGAAUAAUAUUGAAUUUCAUUGUGGGAAGGCUGAAGAUAUUGUUCCCUCCCUAAUGAAUGUGUUAGCACCUCAGAACCUGAUAGCCAUUGUAGAUCCACCACGAGCAGGGCUGCAUUCCAAGGUAAUUCUUGCCCUUAGAAGAGCUGAACACCUGAAGAAGCUCAUCUAUGUAUCCUGCAAUCCCAGAGCUGCAAUGAAUAACUUUGUGGACCUUUGCCGGGCCCCUUCCAACAGAGUCAAAGGAGCCUCCUUCCGUCCCACAAAAGCAAUGGCUGUGGAUCUCUUCCCCCAGACCCGGCACUGUGAGCUGCUGAUUUUCUUUGAAAGGCUUGAGUAUGGUGAUGGGAGCUCCACUGCAGCAGUGCCUGAUGCUGCUCCAGUCCCAGCAGAAGGGUCUGGCUUGGAUGGCACCAACCCCCUGACUGCUGAUGCCAGCCCAGCAACUUCAGUAUAUGCAGAUACUGCACUUGAGGAGAGGCAAUCAACUUGACUCCUGAGAGACUUUCCAGAAACUACUUUUGCUUGCUAAUGGAUUCAGUAACAUUGUUUCUGUAAGAUACAGGUAAUAAAUCUCUGUACAACAGAGUAGUUGCAAGGCUUUCAAGUUAUUUUACCAUGCUAGUUUGAAUUAAAUUUCAUUACAUACUAUUAGGCCACCUCCUGCUUUUCUCCUCCUGCCCUCACACGGAAAUUGAGGUGUAUGAAGGAGUAUAUCUACUGGUCUUACUCUUUCAACAGCUGAAAUGUAGCCUUAAAUACAGUAUUACACAACUACUUGAAACCUGGGCUGACUUUCAAUGCAACAUCACCCCUUCCAGUGGCCGUGUAACACCCCACACUCCAGGUGUUAGUGAACAGCUGCUAUUUCUCAACAACUCAGCAGCCAAGCAGCCUGCAGGCUGACUGAACACAGCAUUUGAUGCCCAAGGCAACCAAUCUUGUUAUAGGAACCUGUAUCAGCACUAACUUUUUUCAUCCCUGCUAACCUGUCUAAACACUGCUGUCGUUUAGCAAGCUAUUACAGAUUUAGCAACCUUAAACCUCCUGUAAAUCAUUCAUCUGCUAUUUCAGUAGAAAGCACCAAAUCUGUAUUCUAGUAAAAAUGUUACAAGUUCCACAGCUGAAGCCAGUUUUAUUCUGAGACUGUAGCACACUGAAAUACAAUAAAGGCUUCUGUACUUUCUUGCAAUGUACAAGUGAAGCCAAGAUGACUUCUUUGAAGCCUACUCUCACCAGUGAAAACUUACACACACAAAUAAACUGUACAGACCCCAGUCAGGGACAGCAUCUUGGCAGAAAGUAGUAAGAAAUUUUUCAUUUUUGCUAGACAAGUUGCUUUAUGAUACUGAAGUAGCUUUAA